AUGGCCGACAACCAAGCCGCACAAGCGCAAGCUGUAAGAGCCAACAAUGCAGAAGUGGCGAAUCAAGGAAGAGCAGCACGAGAUCCGGAAGGACUUGCACCCAGGGAGGACGCAAAUCCAGUCGAGACGGUGUUUCCCCCAGGCCCCCAUGAUGCCAACCGAAUGAUGCUGUCAGACCAAGAACGCCAAUGGUCCAUUGCCAUCAAGGAGGCCAUUCAAGAAGAUCCUGAGCUAGCUCCAAUAUCGGACUUCAAUUGUGCGCAACUCGGUCUUAUCGAAAAAGACAAUAUCGAGGGAGCCCUAGAACGCGCUCGUCAAAUGCAAGCUUUUCGAGAGGAAUACAGAAUUGCUGAUGACGAGGAAAGUGGGGUCAAGGCUGUGGCAGACUGGAUGGAGCUGUUCCCUGGAAUGGUUCUUUCUGUCAGCUACAGUAGACUUGAGGGCGUGUACGUCCUAGUCUUGGACGAUACCAAAUUCUACGCCAGGAAUCUGGACGACAAUCCCAAGGGUGUUCCCAUUUGGUUUUGUGGGAACUACUAUGUGUAUCAGGCGAUUCUGCCUGAUUUUCAAUCCAUUCGGAAGGGACUCAUCUUUUGUGUGGAGGCAGGUGGCUUUGACUGGAAAGUAAACUUUGGAUUGACAGUCUUCCGGCGAUUUUGGACAGAACUGGCUGCGUACUACCCCUACCACUUCAAAGAAAUCAAGGUUUUCCAUGGUGGCAUGUUUGUUAACAUGAUGGUUUCAAUGGUCCGGCAGGUUGUACCCAAACGCAUUCACGAAAAGUUUCAAUUGGGUACUGUCAGUGGUUUGGGGAGACUUGACCAGCUCUACUUGGUUCCCAAUCUGGAAGCUGCCAACCAAAGAACGUUACGGCGUGUCCAAGAAUGCCUCCACAUGAGAGCCUGGUCCAGCAGAUUUUUACCCUACGACUACGACUUGUGUCGUCUGGGGCGGGCACGGCUUUCUUUGAGCUACAUUCUGCGUGUGCGAGCCGUGGCUUGCGAUGAUGGUUUGCGUUACUCCAGCCAGAGGGAUGACAACUGCAAUCCGAUUGGUUCCUGUCCAGUAUGCUCUCCACCCACGCACCAGUGCGAUGAUGGCCUGACCGUAAUAGCAAAGGAUAUCACCAACGGUUGUACUGUCGUUGGUACCUUCCCUCCCCGUCCUGUAGAACACGAGGAGCGUGUCUUUGAUAUUGUUCUCUUUGAGGACUAA